AGUUGCUUAAAUGUUGUAAAUGUUUUUAAGACGGACAUGGUGAGUAAUGUUGGCCAUGUAGCAAGCUAAUAUGCUAAGUCAUUGCAUGAGUUAGCUGUGUUAUUAACUUUGUGUGUGACUAAAGUCCGUUUAUUAAAUUAAAUGAGCAGCGCUAUCUCAUUAUUAAAGGUUAGCAUUACUUUAGAUACUUUUUUAUUAGACUUCUAGAGACUUAUUCCCUCCAUUUUUUGUCCCCUCCAUCGUAAUUUUUUAAACGUGACGUUCUGAGAAAAAAAUAAAAGCGGGAGCUCAGCGCCACCAAGUCAAACUUAAACGUCCACUUAUUAAAAGUAAAUGAGCAGUGGUCUCUUGUACAGUGAUGAAAAAAUCAGUCUGUGUUGUAAACUAUUUCCCCGUAGCACCUGUGUGAUAGCUUUGCAAGCAGCCUGCUUUUUUAACCUUAGAAGAGGAUUGUGACCGCAAGAGACGAAGCGGUGCUGUAUCUCGAUGCUAUGUUCCCUCCUUCCCUCCAUGUUUGUCCCCUCCAUAGUUUUUUUAAAAGGUGAUGUUCUGAGGACAAAAAAACAAAAAAACGUUAAGUUCAGUUAGCUCGCGGGAGUUUGUCAGUUUUUGUGAAAAGUUUUAUUUAAUACACGCAUAGACAUACACAUUUUGUUAAUGUUUUUAUCAUCAAAUUAAAUAGUGCUCAGUUGCACAUAUCUUGAAUCGCAGAACGCUGUUUCUAUUAAUUUCACAGUAUUUUAGUGUUGUAAUUUUGUCCUUACUGUACACUGUUACUCCAGAUUCUUUUCUUCAAAUGUUAUGUUUUUAGCUUUGUGUGGAUAAGUCAAAUUACACUUGAAUCUCCUCACACACACACACACACACACAUAUAUAUAUAUAAUUUAGAUGAUUUAGCUUCAUAUAUAGUGGAGGACUGCCUAAAUUUUGCAGACUAACACAGAUCUACCUUGUGAUUCACAAUGUUUGUUUUCUCUACUGAUUAUGCUUCCUGGUGUAGAUGUGCAUUCCUAUGAGCUGUCAGCCACACCGGGAAGCCUGUCUAUGAAUCUGCAGUCAGACUUCAAUGAUCCAACCCCACUCUCUGCACACAAGAUUGAUGGCAUGCUGCUGUUGACCCCCAAGAGGUUCAUACAAGUGAGACCACUGGAAUUACAUGAUGUCCACACAAGGCGUACCACUGUUCUCCAUGCCCUUCCUGUCUAUCUACGUGAGGAAACCUCUGGGUUUUUGAGGACAUGUGUGGUAAGUCCCAGUAUUGUAAAUUUGAACAAAUCAUUCUAUUUAUUUAUGCAUAAAGACAACACAAGGACAACGCACAUGAACAUUUUGGAAAAUGUGCCAUUGUUUCAACUACAAACCUUUGGCAAGAUGUUUAAGCCUGCCACACACGAGAGCAAUCAGCUGAGCAAACAGCCUCGAAUGACUGUUUGCUCAGCAGAUACCUCGCCAUGUGCGCCUGAUUUUCACUGAGUUUUCUGCCUCACGAGACGCUGAGGUGAAUAUCUGACCAGUUAGAUAUUUUCCGCCUCACAGGGGUAAAAACUCACCAUGUGUGCACUACUGAGCUGCUGGCUGAGCUGAAAUAUUCUAGUGGCCAAUCAAAGCACUUUCUCCGCUCACAUGACCCCAAGAUGUAUUCAGAUGCAGCCCCUUACCUUGUCUGCGUGUCUGAAAAAUAAACAAAAUGGUACCUUGUGGAUCGAUGGGCCCACUGUUUCCAUUACCCUUUCGGAAGGAUUCUGGGUCUUCCAGGUGCAUCUCUUGGAGUAAAUUGGCAUAAACUCCUUGCCUGGUCCAUCUUUCCAGCUACUGUACCCAUAUUUUCCUAACCUUGAAAUGCCGGUGGCGGCGACGUUUCAUCAACAAAAAAGGAUAGGCAUUUCCUCCGUUUCCAGCUCUGUCUCUGUGUUGUUUCUUUUCUGACAUGCAGACAGGGGGCUGCCAUCUUGGGGUCAUGUGAGCGGAGAACGUGCUUUGGUUGGCCACUAGAAUAUUUCAGCUCAACCAGCAGCUCAGUAAUGUGCACAUGGCGAGUUUUUACCCCUUUGAGGCGAAAAAUAUCUUAACUGGUCAGAUAUUCACCUCAGCGUCUCGUGAGGCGGAAAACUCUGUGAAAAUCAGGCGCCUAUGGCGAGGUAUCUGCUGAGCAAGCGGUCAUUCGAGGCCGUUUGCUCAGCAGAUGGCCCUCAUGUGUGGCAGGCUUUAAGGCACUGAGAAAAAUCAACAAUCACUGCAAAGAAUUCAAGCAGCUUUCAUUAGCGUAACGCUGGCACACACGGAAGCCAUCUCACUUUAUUCGUAAAUGAGAGCACAAAGCAACAGAAUGAACAGGAGUAGGGCUGGGCGAUAUGGCCUAAAAUCAAUAUCACCAUAUAUUGAAGAUCUCACCUUGAUAACGAUAAGUAGACGAUAACUACAGGAAUGCGUAGCAACAAUAUUUGUCCACUAGAUGGGGCUGUCUCAUGUAUUACAUUGACUAAAAUUUUACAUGACUCAAGGUGCUACAGCUUCUUAAGGGGACAUAAAUGUGGCCAACUUACACAUCUUUUCAUAUUUUUAUUAUCAAAUUUAUUGACAUGGGAAAAAUUAUCUGGAUGAGAGACAAGAACUUGGAUAACGAUAAAUCUUUGACAUGUUGCCCAGCCCUAAACAGGAGUCUAUCAGACUGCAUUUAUUGUUAUUUACAUGACAAUCUACUGAAAUAAAAAUGGCCACAGUCAGAGUUUCAGUUCAGAUGUGAUUAGUGUAUGAUCUCCCUUUCAUUUUUGUAAGGAUGAUACCAAUGAGCCGGACCUCAGGGAUGCAGCAGUUGUCCUCCUGACAACCAUCACAGAUGAUGCCGAGAGUCCAGUUACGUACGACCCAGUGAGAAUCUGUUAUCCUCGAGGGUGAUGUGAUUGUCAACCUCUCCAGGCUUCCUGAUGCCUUCCUGGUAAUGUUCGGCCUCAUCUAUGCCUUACAUCUAGAUUAUCCGAAGGGACUGACCAACACAUUUGAGUUCACGCAGAAAAUCUUACUUGGUCUUGAUGAGUCUAAACUAUCACCCAAGCUGCAGAGUCAAACAUGACCUGAUGUUACAUGUGUAACUCAAAAUCUGAAAGAGUGGUGGAUUCAGAUGACUCACUCUGUUAGAGCAUUGUCCACAUCCACAAUGUAAUUUACUAUUUGUCUGCUCUUUAAUUGUUGAUGUUAAAGUAACACACCACCAUUUGGGCAAAUAUGUUCAUUUUCCACUUCUUGAGUUAACCCUCCCACUGUCCUAAUGGGUGUGACCCCGCGAGGAAAGUUGACCAUUGAGCAGGGUUGAUGGUUCAUCCCUUGGGUCCACGUGGCAGGAGUGAGCACCACCUCACCCCUGCCACGUGGACCUCAAGGAAUAAACCAUCAAUCCUGCUCAAUGGUCAACUUUCCUCGCGGGGUCACCCAUAAAGACAGUGGGAGGAACAGUUGAGUUUUACCUUUUCUCUGUUCGUCCAGCCGUUCUGAGUCUGGCAACUCUCAUUUGUGGCUUUAGUUUAGCGUGAAUAAUUGAAUCGGAUUAGCCCAUAGGCUAAUCCGAUUCAAUACUCAACUGGUUUUAUGCCAAAUGGCAUAAAGUACUCACUGACUUACUUGAUAGUGGUUAGUGUAAUUCAUAUUUUGUUAAUGUUGAAUUGAUGUGCAUCCUGAUAUUGCUUUAAACCACCUACUCAAAGAAAGACUACACACUGCCGUUGUCCAGUUUUCAAAAGUGUGAGUUUGUAAUUGUUUCUUUCAAAUUUUGUUUUAUUUUCUGUUUGAGUUGGCUUAAUCGGUAACUUUAAUUUGAUCAUAAUUUGAAAAUAUAUUUAAUAUAAACUCCAAAUAUUUAAGUUUAUUUAUGGUCUGAUAUACUCAAAUAUCUGAGUUUAUAAACUCAGAAAAUAUGAGGCAACUGAUUGCCUUACAUUUUUUGAGUUCUGCCUACUUAUUCGGGUUUACAGUGUACGAACUGUAAAGAUUUUGUGGUGUCAGAGUUCACCUAACAGUUCAAGUGUUCAUUUUUUUGCUUUGUGUGUUCACAGGGCAUGCUCAGUUGAAGUUUCCAUCUCUGCGCGUUCAAGAUGUAAGAAAAAUAAUACGAAAGAAAUGCAACAACGAAAACUUCAAAAAGGCAUCAACAACCAAGCAAGUGGAUCCAUAAAAUUGACUGAUUUUUUUAAAGGCAUUUAAAAAAAGUCUUUCAAAAUGGACAGAAUUAACGCGUUAAACAUGUUCAGAACAGUUUGUGUUCUCAUCUUUGAUUAAUCCUGGUAAACAGGUCUGUUUUUGUUCUGUUCUAAUUCUCUCUGUUUAAUAAAUUUAAACAACAUGACUUAGCUAUUUUAUUUUACUUUUUUUCUCUGCAUAAAGACGAAGUAUCAGUAAAUAGUGGAAAUUAAAUGUAUUGGUAGUAAGCAAAUAGCAGAUGUUAAAUGUUACUUGCAGUAUGUGUUUAUAGAAAAAAUAGAGAUACUUAAAUGUACUAAAAGAAUAUUACGUCAAGUUUACUGUAAAGUGUACUUUCAAAACUGUAAGUAUACUCAAUUAUAUAAGAAGUACACUACAAGUAAACAUAUAUUAUUACUUUAAGUAUAAUUUUAAGUAUACAUUCAAAGAGAAAAGUAUACUCAAUUAUUUCAGAAGUACACUACAAGUAAACUUAUAAUGUUACUUAAAGUUUAUUUUUAAGUAUACUUUCAAGGGCAAAAGUUUACUCAAUUUUAUUAGAAGAAAACUUAUACUGUUACUUUUAAGUAUACUUUCAAUGAGAAAAGUAUACUCAACUAUAUCAGGAGUACACUACAAGUAAACUUAUAUUGUUACUUUUAAGUAUACUUCCAAGGAGAAAAGUAUACUCGAUUAUAUCAGAAGUACACUACAAGUAAACUUAUAAGUAUACUUCCAAGGAGAAAAGUAUACUCAAUUAUAUCAGAAGUACACUACAAGUAAACUUAUAAGUAUACUUUCAAGGAGAAAAGUAUACUCAAUUAUAUCUGAAGUACACUCCAAGUAGACUUGUGAGGUUACUUUAAGUAUACUUUCAAAGAGAAAAGUAUACUUAAUUAUAUCAGAAGUACACUACAAGUAAACUUAUAAGUAUACUUUCAAGGAGAAAAGUAUACUCAACUAUAUCAGGAGUACACUACAAGUAAACUUAUAUUGUUACUUUUAAGUACACUUCCAAGGAGAAAAGUAUACUCAAUUAUAUCAGGAGUACACUACAAGUAAACUUAUAUUGUUACUUUUAAGUAUACUUCCAAGGAGAAAAGUAUACUCAAUUAUAUCAGAAGUACACUACAAGUAAACUUAUAAGUAUACUUCCAAGGAGAAAAGUAUACUCAAUUAUAUCAGAAGUACACUACAAGUAAACUUAUAAGUAUACUUUCAAGGAGAAAAGUAUACUCAAUUAUAUCUGAAGUACACUCCAAGUAGACUUGUGAGGUUACUUUAAGUAUACUUUCAAAGAGAAAAGUAUACUCAAUUAUAUCAGAAGUACACUACAAGUAAACUUAUAAGUAUACUUUCAAGGAGAAAAGUAUACUCAACUAUAUCAGGAGUACACUACAAGUAAACUUAUAUUGUUACUUUUAAGUACACUUCCAAGGAGAAAAGUAUACUCAAUUAUAUCAGAAGUACACUACAAGUAAACUUAUAAGUAUACUUUCAAGGAGAAAAGUAUACUCAAUUAUAUCUGAAGUACACUCCCAAGUACACUUGUGAGGUUACUUUAAGUAUACUUUCAAAGAGAAAAGUAUACUCAAUUAUAUCAGAAGUACACUACAAAUAAACUUAAAUUAUUACUUUGAAGUAUACUUGCAGUAUACUUCAAGUAUACUUUUAGUGGCCCAAUUUAGUCCCAAGGAGUAUACUUCUAAGUAAACUUUAAGAACAAGUAUGCAAAUAAACUUCUGUACACUUAAGUAUACUUGAAAUUAUAUACUUAAAGUAUACUUCUUUUUCGUAAGGGUUAUUUUUUCACUCUUCCGGGGAUCCGUGGUCCAAUAGUAGAUGGGUGUGAAUUAAGCUCCCUGUAUGGUCAAUUUAAAACGGAACUUGUAGCGCUGUAGCUAGCUAGUACAGUAGAGUGACACAAUGUGUAGCUCGAAUGGAUUAGCUUUUCUUUCAGCGUGAGACAUUGGGUGUGUGGUGUGAGGGUGUAUGAAGACAGUAAAAUGUGUGUGUCUCGCGCUCAUUGAACGAGAGUUGAAGGGCUGCCAUCUCUCACGCACUGAGGGUGAGACACAUACAUUUGAAUAUGUUCACACACUCAUCCCACACCUCCAAUAUAUCAUGCUGAUAUUUUCUCUGUACUAGGAUAUCUCUGAGUUAUUGUAGCACAUAAGCACGCUUAAACACACAUUUUCUGUUGUUCCACCUAGCUUUUAAGGAACCAUUUGAGUUCGCACGCAGUUUAUUUGGUGUUGAAAAGUUUGCUCGUCCAGUUAGCUUAGCCUCAGCAGGGCUAUGGCUACUUCUGUCUCUACGUCUCCGUCUCCUAUCUCUUGCUCUCUGUGUCAGAUGUUUAGUUACUCCUCUGCCUCCUUAAGUGAUAAUGGUACGUGUAAUAAAUGUAGCAUUUUUGUAGCUUUGGAGGCGAGGGUGUCGGAAUUGGAGGCCCGGCUCCGCGCUGUUGAAAAGCCCGUAAACAGCCGUAGCUACUUAGCUAGCGUGGAGCUAACUAGCUUAGAACCUCUCCGUAGUGAUUCUCCAGCAGAACCCGAGCAGCCGGGACCUCAGGCCGGCUGGGUGACGGUACGCAGGAAGCAUAGAACCCAGCCCGUGGGCCACCACCAACCCAUCCACGUUUCUAAUAGAUUGUCCCCGCUCAGUGACGCACCCACUGACAAGCCGACUCUAAUAAUUGGCAGCUCCAUAGUCAGAAACGUGGCAUUAGAGACUCCAGCAACCAUAGUUAAAUGUUUACCUGGGGCCAGAGCGGGUGACAUUAAAUCUUAUCUGAAACUGCUGGCUAAGGAUAAGCGUAAAUACAGUAAGAUUGUUAUUCACGCUGGCGGUAACGACACCCGGUUACACCAAUCGGUCACUAAAAUUAAUGCUGCUUCGGUGUGUAAGUUUGCCAAAACAAUGUCGGACUCCGUAAUUUUCUCUGGCCCCCUGGCUGAUUGGACCAGUGAUGACAUGGUUAGACGCAUGCUGUCCUUCAACCGCUGGUUGUCUAGGUGGUGUCCUGAAAACAACGUGGGCUACAUUGAUAAUUGGAAAACUUUUUGGGGAAAACCUGGUCUGAUGCGAAGAAACUGCAUCCAUCCCGCUUUGGAUGGAGCAGAUCUUUCCAGUUUUAUUAGUCCUCCAUGACAACCCAGGGUCCAGACCAGGAAGCAGAGUCAUAGUUUAACCCACCCCUCUGCAGCUUCAGUACUGUUACCCACCCAAAGACAGUGUCCUGCCUGUUGGAUUGGUCAUAAUGUUUGUACUCCGUACUUAUUGUCCUGUGUGUUUUGCCGUAGGGGCAGCUGGGAGUGGGUGUGGUUAUGCUGAACCGACGAGCGGCAAAUAAAGUAAAACGGUGGCUCAUGAAGCAGGCUAGGAAUGUUUAUUCAUAAGUUUGAGAGCGGAACAUUACAUGGUGUCAGAGUAAAUGGAACUAAACGCCCACUGUCAGCGCGAAAUGGAUUCGUCAAUAGUUCCUGCACCACGAAUGGACUGGGAUUCAGCUAAACUUCCCGAUGCCUGGCGGAGGUUCGUACAACAUGUGAAGCUAAUGUUUAGUGGCCCGCUAAGCAGCAAGCCUGAGGAGACCCAGUGCAGCUAUCUUCUUCUGUGGGUAGGAAAAAGAGGCAGAGACAUUUACAACACAUGGCAGCUAUCUGAGGAAGAAGCUAAAAAGCUGACCACCUACCUCGACAGGUUUGAACAGUACCUCAUGCCUAAAACGAACACCAUUUUUGCCAGAUACAAGUUUAAUGAAAGGCUCCAAGGUGAAGGGGAGUCAUUUGAACACUUUGUGACAGAGUUAAAGUUACUCGUCAAGCAGUGCGGCUAUGUGAACAGUGAUGAAAUGGUCCGAGACAGGAUUGUCUUUGUAACCAGUUUCCCACAAGUCAGAGAAAAACUGCUGAGCCAAGGGUCAGAUUUAACUCUAGAAAAAGCCCUAGACAUUGCACGCUCCUAUGAGAUCGCACAAACCCAAUAGAAAGCCAUGGUCGACCCACACGCAAGCCUGCAGGGAGCAGCGCCUGCGCAUGCAGUAUCCACUAAGCGCCAGAGUACGCAGCAGAAACAUAGGAUGGCACCUCAUCACAAUAAUAUGGGAAAAGUGUGUGGAAGAUGUGCACGUGCACACAGCCAGAAGGAGGAGUGCCCUGCAAAAUGGAGGAGGUGCAAAAAGUGCAACAAAAUGAACCACUUUGCCAAAGCAUGCGUUCAGAAGCACCAAACCAACGCAACCCGGUGUGUUCUAUCAACCCUGACACUCCAAGCGAUGAAGCGGAGCUAUUCAUAGAUUCCAUAACAAAGUGCAAUGAAGGGGAGGCUGAUGACCAGGCUUACGCUGGCGUAGAAGUAGGCUCACUUCAUCACACCGUGAGUUUUAAGCUUGACACAGGAGCCACUGCCAACAUCAUCCCUGCCCGAUUGUUUAAGAAGCAUUUCAAGCAGGUCAGCUUGGCACCGCCCACAUGCACACUAUCUGGCUAUGGAGGAGAAAAACUCAACAUCAAAAGCACCUGCGAGUUGAAGUGCAGAUGGAAAGACAUUCACAAGGUGCUGACCUUUGAUAUAGUAGAAACUGCAGCGCCUCUCAUCCUAGGGUUGAGAGCAUGCCUAGAUCUAAACCUAGUCAAGCUGGUCAUGUCAGUACAGAUCACAGGCGUCAUGGAGGAGUUUGCUGAUGUGUUUAAAGGCAUAGGGAAAUUCCCAGGAGAAUGCGACUUACACAUUGACCCAGAUGCCAUGCCCGUCGUGUGCCCCCCAUGGAGGAUCCCUUUCGCACUGCGGGAAAGACUGAAACAGGAGUUGGACGACAUGGAGAAAAACAGCAUAAUCAUCAAGGUAAAAGAACCCAUAGAAUGGGUAAAUGGACUGGUGGUCGCAGAGAGGCGUAAUGGGAAUCUUAGAGUGUGCCUUGAUCCUCGCGAUUUAAACAAAGCCUUCAAAAGCCCCCAUUACCCGCUUCCAACACUGGAUGACAUCACACCAAAGCUGGCAGGAGCUCAGUACUUUAGUGUCAUGGAUGCUCGCUCCGGCUAUUGGGCCAUCCAGUUAACCACCAAGUCAACGCUCCUCACCACCUUCAACACAACCUUUGGCAGGUACCGCUUUCUGCGCCUUCCUUUUGGGAUAAUAUCAGCACAGGAAAUUUUCCAAAGGAAAAUCGAUGAGACAUAUGAAGGGCUCAAUGGGGUGUCAGCCAUCGUGGAUGACAUCCUCGUGUUUGGCAGGACAAAGGAGGAACACGACGACAACCUCCGUGCCAUGCUCGAGCGCACGAGGGAGCGAGGAGUGCGUCUCAAUCCAGAGAAAUGUGUCAUAGGAGCCACAGAAGUGAGUUACUUUGGACACAAACUCACCCGCGAGGGCAUCCAGCCAGACCCAAGGAAACUGCAGGCCAUAAAAGACAUGCCACCGCCUGAGAACAAGAACGAGCUCGAGACAAUUCUUGGAAUGGCUGAUUACCUGUCCAGAUUUGCACCACGGCUAUCAGAAGUAAAUGCACCGCUGCGUCAGCUGCUCAAGCAAGAUUCGGAGUUCAUAUGGGAUCAGAAUCACGACAGAGUCUUCCAGCAAAUGAAAGACCUCAUAAUCAGAGAACCAGGCCCCAUACUGGCAUACUACGACACGACCAAGAAGUUAUGGCUACAGGUAGAUGCAUCGAAGUAUGGUUUGGGAGCUGUGUUGAUGCAGGACGGACACCCAAUAGCAUAUGCUUCAAAGACACUGACCCCAACAGAGAUUAACUAUGCACAGAUUGAAAAAGAGCUCUUUGCAGUGUUGUUUGGAUGCAAGCGUUUCCACACCUACAUAUACGGCAGAAGAGUCCUCGUCGAGUCAGACCACAAGACUUUGGAGCACAUACUGAAGAAGCCAAUCUCUGUAGACCCUGCUCGUCUGCAGCGCAUGCUGUUACAGCUGCAGAGAUACGACAUAGAGAUCGUGCACCGGCCUGGAAAAGACAUACUUGUGGCCGACACAUUGUCUAGGAAACCAUUGCUCGACCAAGACAGCACGCUGAGUGAAGGCAUGGAAGACCAGAUCCACUCAGUGAUGAACAGCCUCCCAGUAAGUGACCAAAAGCUCUCAGAGAUACAGGCUGCAACAAGAUGCGACCCGCAGCUCACCCUGCUGAGGCAAACCGUGUAUGAUGGCUGGCCUGAGGACAGAAAAAAAUGCCCCAAAACCCUGUUGGACUUCUGGAAUUUCAGAGAUGAAAUUUCGCACUUCCAUGGCAUCAUCUUCAAAGAUGACAAAAUCAUAGUGCCCACAGCCCUAAGAAACAAUUUGCUGGAGAGAAUCCACACUGGGCACAUGGGGAUUGAGAGGAGUAAGCAGAGAGCGAGGGACGCCCUCUUCUGGCCAGGCAUGGGAAGGGACAUAACUGCCAUGGUGGAAAACUGUUCCAUAUGUCAGGAGCGGCACGCAGCAAAUCCCAAAGAACCUUUCAUUCCACACCAGAUUCCUGAGAGACCAUGGCAGGUCAGAUCUCUUCACAUAGGGUGGACAGGACUACUUAGUAAUUGUGGACUAUUACAGCCGCUACUUUGUGGUUGA